AGCGGAAGCUGUUUCUCUUCGAUCAAAACAACAUGGUUUCACCCGACAGGCAAUGUGAUAGUAAACAAGCGGACCGCAUGUUGCAUGAUAAAUACUGUUUUAUUAAUUGAAACCCAGUCUUUUCUGUUGUCGGAGCUCAAUGGCUCUCAGGGUGUGCGCUCGUGUUUUCAGAGACUCCGCCGUCUUGUCCAAACGGCUCGUUGUAUCGUCUCGACAGGAAAGUGCGUCAUGGUUUCUGUCAGCGGGUCAGUCACUGCAAGGAAAUUCUGCCUGCAGCCGAGGAGGGAGGAACGGAUUUAUCUUCACUCCUGCUUGUUUUAUUGCAUCAGAGGCAUUUCUCAACAGACUGAUGAAAGGGAGUCCAGCAGAGGCAGACGGCAACAUUUAUCGCCUUCGAGCCUCAGUUCCACCAGACAGCGGUGAACAAUUAAAUUUAUUGCUGAGACAUCCAGAUCAGCCUGACAACGCGAAGGUUCUGAAAGUGGCUAUAAUAGGUGCACCGAAUGCUGGGAAAUCCACGCUAUCCAAUCAGCUCCUUGGCACCAAGGUGUUUGCUGUGUCCAAGAAAGUGCACACUACGCGUUCACGUACACUGGGCGUCCUGACCGAGCAUGACACACAGAUAAUUUUGCUAGACACUCCUGGUCUGACCACCCCAUCCAAAGUCAAAAGACACCAGCUGGAGAAGUCUUUGCUUGUGGAUCCCUGGAACACUGUCAAGGAAGCUGACAUAAUGGCAGUUAUGGUGGACGUGUCAGACAGAUGGAUGUCCAGCAGACUUGACUUUGAGGUGCUGAAAUGCCUGGCUGGGCACCCGGAGAUCCCAGCGAUACUCAUUCUCAACAAGGUGGACUUGGUGAAGGCUAAGGACAGGCUGCUUGAUGCCACGGCGCUGCUGACGUGUGGAAUGGUGAAUGGACACAGAAUACGGGUCAGAUCGGUGAUCAAGCCUCCGUGGGCUGAGAAGAGGUCAGAGAGGGAGUCGGAGUUACCGCCUGAUGACGACAACGCCGCAACCGAGGACAAGUCCACGCUGAGCAAAGAGCAGCUGAUGACACUGAGGAACCAGCAGGGCUGGCCCCACUUCAAAGAUGUCUUCAUGCUGUCCUCUGUGGACGCGGAGGACGUGGAGACGCUAAAGAGCUACUUCAAGACUGUGGCUAAGCCUGGGCCAUGGCAGUAUCACAGUGAGGUCCUGACUGACCAGAGUCCAGAGGAUGUCUGCACCAGCAUCAUCAGGGAGAAGCUCCUGGAAUAUCUGCCCCAGGAAGUUCCCUAUUCAAUGACACAGUCUAUUGAACUCUGGAAUGAUGGAGAAAAUGGUGAACUUCAUAUUUCUGUGAAACUUCACACCUUCAAAGACACUCACAUGAAGAUGGUGAUCGGCCCAGCCGGCCGGAGGAUAGCGCGGAUCGCCGAAGAGGCUGGCAAGGACCUGAGUAGAGUCUACCUGAGGGACGUAAAGCUGAAGAUCUCAGCCAAGCUCAAGAAGUGAAGAGGACGGAAGGGCUUUAAUUGGGAAGUCCUGAAGAGGUGGAAGCAGAUCCUGGUGGAUUUUCAGUGACACUUCUUGUACCUUUCCUGCGCCGAGGACAGAGCUUUAGCCGAACGGGGGAUAAGGCGCCCUCACGAGUCUGACGUGCAGAGCUGUGAGCUGGCAUAUACCAUAAACCCACAGCCUCGCAGCUCCCACUCACCUGGCGCUACUUUUAGGAGGAGAAGUUGUGCUCUAAGUUGACUUUUGCAUCGUCUGCGUCCUCAUACAGCCAUUGUUAAAUGUAACAUAGACACGUAACCGACAAGAAGCCACGACUCCAUGCGGACGUUUCACGAAUAUAUCACAUAGUUGAAUAAACACGUCGUGCGCAAUCUGCAGAAUAAACUAAUGUAUCACCGACUGUUAUUGAGCUGUGGCAUAUUUCAGGUAGCGGACGCGACCCGGGCUCUCACCAGAUGGAUGUUUUGACACUAGUUAGACGGCGCGUUCAUGGCUGAGCGGGCCUGGCGAGCCGUGAAAAGGCCGAUGGUUUAUCUUUGGCUCUCAGAGCUUUUUAGUUGGCGGGCGCCUCGUGCAAACACUGAAGAUAAACUGAAGCGGGACCUGCACAGUCAUGUUCGCUCGAAACGUCCCCGACGCGCCGUCCAAACCCUGCUCCCCCAACUCCCACAUCACUUUAGCCUUCCCCGCCGCCUUUGAAGCGUAGCCAUCCGUCCCCGCGUCUAUCACUUUUUGUUCUGCUGCUGCUUUCUUCCUUUUCUCCCCUCUCUCCUCCUCCUCCUCCCCUCUCUCUCUUUUUUUUUUUUGGCUCUUUUAAAGCCCGGCUCGGGGCCCCCGGGGGCUGAAUUGUCUCCCUAAUGGAUGGCAAAAUGGAACACUAACCUGAUGCUAAAAUGGGUCAGAUAAUGGUGAUUAGAUUCAUUCCCGCUGCCUGUGAGUUAACUCGGCGGUUACUCUAUCCGGGGCAUCUUGAUGAAUAACCAGCUAGUGGCCUAAAGCGAGGGAGAGAGGGAGGGAGGGAGGGAGGCUUGAAUGUCUCACAGAAGCUGCAUCAGCCCCUGAAGCCCUCCGUGCUCUCUACGACGGCUGCUUCCCAGUGAUUAGACGAGCCGGUUACGCAGCAGAGAUCUGCACUCAGACAAGCCAACUGCAGCUUGAACACAGUAAAGCCGACGUACGUCGCCUUGACGCAACCCUUCGCUUUAAUUUAGUUUUUACCAAAAAUAAUAUAAUAAUCAGGCACUCACUUGAGAACUAUCAGCUUUAUUUUACAUGCAUUUCAUUCCAAAGUGUGGUUAAAAAAUAAAUAAAUAAAUAAAAAACCUCCAGAAGCUCACGAGUAAACACAUCAGUCCCCGGCGUGUCCUCCUGGUCUCGACGACAGUGAGCGAAGGCCGUGUAACCCUUACCAUUACUAAAACUCAGUAAUGGUAACGGUUUGACGGCCCCCCUCUACGGCGUGUCCAUCCCUCCGUCAGUCAGCCGCUCGGAGCCGGAGGAGGAGGGGGGAUGUAACCCUGGAUAGUACAUCAUCUAUACUGUAGUGUCUCUAUAAUAAACUUACAGUAUAAGAUGAUAUCCUGUCCAGGGAACAAGACAUUAUCAUGAGCAGGGAGUGACUUCCUGCUGUGUUUGUAAAUCUGCGAGACAAAGGAAGAUUAGCGAAGCUUGAAAAGAUAUGAGUGAGCAUUGAACAAACAUCCUGUCCGUCACACACUCACCUCUCCGUGUGCGGCGGGUUCCUCCUCCACAACCUGUUUAACGUCUGCUUCAGGGUCUCCUAACCGGUCUCCUGCUGGGCUCUGGCACUUAAAGGCCCCUCUAGCUCAUUAGCAUACGGCGAUGACAUCUGGGGUGGACUUUCUUCUUAUCUGCCCCUAACCUGAUUGCCCCUGUCCAGUCGGUGGGCCCACACCCAUCGCUACACCCGGCUGGACUCUGCAGAAGAGUUGCACGCGACUCCCAGUUUUACUUCACACUGCAUAUACAGCGCGCUGCUCUGUUACAAAUACUGCACGUGCACACAACUUUUAGGAGUUAGGGCACAUGUGUAAUUCUUUUCUCCAGCUCCAAAUAUUUCUUCUUAUUCUCCCAAAAUGUUGCUCCAUCUCACUUGACCUUUCUCGCUCGCAAACGUCUAAUUAAAGGAACGCAGCAGCCAAAAUGGGGUCUAUUAUAUAUAUUUAUAUAUAAAAAUAAAUAAAUAAAUAUAUAUAUAUAAAAAAAAAGCUGGGAGCUUCAUCUCACACUGUGGUAAUAAAUCUAAUGUUCUCCAUCUCUUCAAUCCUCCGACUCUCACAGGCUUUGGAUUUAUGUGUGAUGGUUUCAUGGAUUGGAAUUUAAUACUACGAUAUGUCAGCUGAUAUCACGUUCUCCGACUUAUUAAACGCAGUGUAUUUCUUUUCCAGCUCGACUGCAGGAUACGGACAGCCGAGGUGUGUUUUAUAUGUAUGUAUUUUUUAUUAGACAUAUCGCAUCAGAUUCACGGCAUCAAAUUACUCGUGGACUCGUUUAUGUGCGGGUUUUUGAGGGGUUCAGCUCUCCCACCUCCUCAGAAACAUACACUUCAAAAUCCAAAAUGGCCCCGGACGCUUGUUGAGCUGUAAAACGAACACGUGUUGUGCAGGAUAUACGCAAGACCACACAACAUGGCCAGAUCUUUGUGACUCCUCAAGCAGCACUGAUGACCACGUUAAUGUAGACGUGUCCAUUAUUAAUCAUUAUUGUGGACACCAUGUUGUAUAGGAAUGAGCAGAGUUGGCUGGGACGUGACUGUUUGUCCCGGUUGCACAUUGCUUGGUUAGGGUGUGGGAUCUGGUCGGGGGUGUGAGAGGUGCUGCUGCAGCCGCAGAUAAAGGUGGACGUAGGACUAUCGGGGUGGUUUGGUUCGCCUCCAGCUCUUUAUCUGCCACAGAAAUGCUUGCACUCUUUUUACGACCCUGCGUUUGCGUUCGUAGAUAAGUUUUUUUCUUUUUUCUUUUUUAUUCUUCGGUGUCCGUGAGGACAACACGAAGCCCGCAGCCAUCGCUCAGUAAUCAGGGGAAACGUGUUGGAGAUUUGCCUAAACUCGUACGUGAAAGGGAAUAAAAGGUUUUCUUUUUUAUGUGAACCGUCAAACAUCAAAUCCAUUACAUCAUGUAGUCCCCCCCCCCAUCCUCCAUGUGUUUCUCACCCCUAAUCCUAAUGCCACAGGUACAUAUCAGAGAAAGAAAAACAAAAUGCAACACUGGGGAUGUAAUUAUUUAAUACAAGCUCGAUAAUUCACAAUAAGGACAAAGUGAGAAUGAAAAGUGAUUUUUCAGUCGUCCAGGUCAUUGUGUCUAAAUAAACAAAACAACCAGACGUGUGAGCUUUCACCGCUCGACUCAGUCCAGGUACCUUGGAUUCAACUUUGUUUUUCCAGAGAUAACUAAUGAAUGUAGAAGUGGCUCCACGUGGCAGCCAGCAGCUUGAACCAUUUUAGCAAAUUAAGCAGUUGUUUAUUAAAUUAUAUCAAAAUACCGUUUGCCUGUGGAGGAUUAAAUUUAAGGUUUAUUGUUAAAUACUAUAUGUGAGUAUGAACAUCAGGUACUUGACAUAUGGUCAGUUUAUUACAUCAUUCAUGGAUACACUUCAGUCCUGCCUAUUUAUUCAUUUAUAAAUGUGUUUACUACAUCCGCUCUCUUUCACCUCAUCCUCCCUUUUGCUGUACCUCACAAAGUCAAUUUAUUUUACUCACAGAGGUUCGUUACAUUGGAAUUCACAUUUUCAUUUAGCGAAAACAUCUUUAAUUCAUUUUAAGUCCAGACUGAAGUUCUUUAUAAUACACCAAGACUCAUAAUAGCCUGAACACAUAUUGGUUUUACCCACAGUUUAUUUUUUUUAAGCAUUCUAUUUAUUUAUUUAUUUUGGUGUGGGAGUAUCUUAAAUCAGCCCAGUUAGGGUUUUUUUUGUUUGUUUUUUUUACAUCCAUGUCACUUCACGUAUGUUGUUUUUUUCCGCUCCGUUAUUGUCUGUGGAUUAUGGUUCAAAUAGAAGAAUACAAGUUUAUGAACUAUGACGCAUUAUUAGAGGUUAUUCCUGACCUCUUUGAUAAGACAUUUCAAGAAGUAAAGCCGGGGGCAUGGCCAUUGUUCUUUGUUCUUCUUUCCUCUCCCAGUGCAGGCCAUGCAAAGAUAACAUACGCUGACUGGAAGAGAUACCGUCAUCUAGGAGCCCCCAUAACUCAGUGGCCCGAUCCACAGACUGGAAUCUUCUGAACUUCUCAACGGUAAAGUGGUGCUUACACAAUCACAAAGUCAUACAUCAAGGGAACGCUCACUGCAGAGUGAACACAGUGCUAUCAGUAUUAGAAUAAUGACUUAAACUCAGACUAGACGCUCCUUGUCCAGAUUUAAAAUGUUUUCUUCCAAAGAAAUUCCCUGACAGUGACGUUGGAGAAACGCAAUAAAUCAUAUUAAGUAACGUGACACUGUCAAGGCUACGCACUCACGUUGUUAAGAGGGACAUUUCAUAGAAUUUGACUCCACCUUUUACACUUUCCCCUUAAAAUAUGUAGUAGCAAGUAUGAGCGUCCGACAGUACGGGGAUGGAGUGACGGCUUCCUGGAAUGUGGAAAUGAUCUUCAAGAAAAAAACAACACUCCACGGAAAAUGAUUUGCAGACACUGUGGGCGUAGUAGAGAUGUUUAGAAAGUGUUGCUGUUUGGAUCCUCUGUUGGAGUUCGUGGCCGUGGCUGCCCCCUUCAGGACAAACACAACAAACUCCUUAAAAGACACAAAGUAGCUCUUUAUUAUUCAUUUACACAAACAGUUCCAGUCAGUCUGAGUUGGGAGAAACUGUUUCAGCGAGGAAGAGUUUCAGGAUGUGACUUCACCACUGUGACCUCUGACCUCUGGCAGUGAGUGUGCUCGGAUUAGCGGCGUCCAGAGGACACAUCUGCUCCCCCGCUGAUGGACUGUGUUCCAUCUCUGCUGUCACGCUGCCAACAGGGACAGCAGCACACUAAACCACAGAGGCAUUAUGAUGAUGACGACCACGGUUCUCAUCCUGUAAUCAUUAAUCAGAUUAGAUUCAGACAGCCACACCUUGCGGGAUUAUUUAGGAAUUUUUCCUCCCUUAAACCCCUUUAAAACCGGAACAAUUUACAAAAAAAAUAAAACUAAACCUUGCAUGUGCAGCAUUGUGACGCUCAUGUAACAAAAGGCUUCCUCAUGUAACAAAUGGACGACGAGGCAAACGGUAAGUGGUAAUUUUUUUAAUUGGAGAGUGGCACACAACACAAGGAUAACAUGAACACGUGCUUACAUUGCCAUGCUGGAUCAGUUUUCCAAAGGCCAGUGUUACAGGUGAAGACACAAGGGAUAUAAUCUGACUAGAUUAGGUUUAUGACAGGCGGUUCAGAUGAAGAUGAGAGUUAAGGCGUAGGUUUUAUAAUGUUUGGUCAUUCUCCUUAAAACGAUAAUGGGAGCAACAACAAGGUCUCACUAUUCUGAUUAGACGAUCUUUGGCACAAAUACAAUGGCCAAAAUAAUGAGUGGAAAUCCACUACGAAUAGAUGUAAAAUCCUUCCUAUAAUGCUACGCUUUAUAUUCAUCACCUACUUACACAGGAGUAUUUUCCUUAUAUGUUUUGCGACAUGUCCACGUACAAACAGAACGAGUAGAAAGAGGUAAAUUCACAGCCGAACUACAUCAUUUCAUCAACAAGACUGUCUUUUGUCCUACAGCGUAAUAUAACAUCCCACGAGUACUUCUAAAUUUAUGAUUAACAACCCGCACACUGAAGUAUGAAGUCAACCCUUCCUAACAAAAGGCACUGUGGAUGCAAAUAUACUUUAGUAAAUAAAAGGAGCGUUACAGAACAGAGAGAUUCAUUAUUGUUAAUUAUUUUGUUCAGAUAUGCUAAGGUGAAAAGUAUUUUGACAUCUCGUGAAGUUGGUUUUGUCCUCAACCACUUGGUCAGAUUUUAAUGGACAAAAUCCUAACACACAGUGACUACAACUGAAGUGAAAAUGAUUCUGCUACACUUUUCUCCUAUUAAAAUGAUUUGAUUAGCUUUGAGUGAAGUAUGACCCUUUUUUUUGUUUUUUUUUUUACCUGAGCAACUGUGGUUUUAUUAAAACUGCAGAGACCGGAGCAAACGGUAUGAAGGUUCAAGCUGAUAAACUAAAACGACGACUGUCAGUGGAUCCUUUAUCAGGUGAUGUGUGUCCACCUCCAUCACCCCCAACACAACUGGCCGUUUGAAAGGAAAGAAACACACAAAGAACACAUCAGAAGCCUGAGUGGAUGGCGAUGUCAACCUCGCAAACAAAAACGAGAUGAACUUUGCACAGAUCAAAUAAACCACGAGCCUUGUGUUUAUUUCAUAGAAAGUAUGGACUAAGUCAUGACGUCAUAUCUGACAAACAUUUAUCACAGAUUCUAAAAACUGGUUAAUGAUUACUCUGAAGCAUGUCACUUAAAAAAACAGUGCACAGUAAGUUUGUUGGUACUGUGGCUAAACAAUAACGACGGUGAUAUAAAAAUACGACGCUUAGAUUUAGAACAUGACACAAAUUAAGGCUCAUUCAGACUGAAGACUCACAUCAGCUUAAAAUCCUGCAAAGAGGUUCUGCCAUCUAGAGGUUGGAUGUCCACACUACGAGUAAUGAUGAACUGCUGAACCAUUAGUUUGGAUAUGUUUAGAAUAGUGACUGAUAACUCUGAGAAAUGAAAGUUUGAAGCUGCUCUAAAUGUUUAUGUGUAUCUGUACAAUAAAGUGUGACAGGAAGUCAUUCAAUAAAUGCUGAUUAUAACAUUGAGAUUACACAUGAAAAAAAUGGACCCUAUUCUUCUUUUUUUUUUGUCUCUGACACUGCAACAGGCUACAUGUAGAAAUCAGACCUAAUAAGUUUGGUUUGCAGCAGAAAAUGUCACUGGUCCAACCGCUCCAACCCUACGCACACUUCACAUCACCAACACGACUGACCUGAGCAUCGACACCGCGCGCAGUGUCCGCAACCUAUAACCUGCCAGCUUUCCAACUUCCGACUGAUGCAACGUUAGACUUCAACUUUCAGAGCAAAGAGGCUUUUCUGUUAGUCAGCGUUUAGCGCUAAAGUUACAAAAUAUGUUACACGACCUGAACGAACAACAUGUGAGUAGGAGGGAGACGGGGAAGCGGUGAGAGGAGCUGAAUUAAAGCGCGGACCCUGACCGUCUGCUGUGCGCCACUUGAGGUAAUACAGAAAUGUUCAGCAGACCUGGCAGACGUCCAGGGUCUCUUUCGAGGGUUAUCAUUUCUAACUAUGGCUUCGUGUUAUACGUUUGCUUAACAAUUGCCUCUGUGUUUAAACACAAGACAAGGCGUGAAGAGUAAACACUACUGUUAGUAUAAGCAGACAUUUCGAGUGCACUAUUUAAACAUCGUCCAUCUAUAACUGAGUCAUAUACUCUGCAGCCAAACCACUUUCCUUCGGUUUGGGCACUUGAGUGUUGGACAGGCACUACACAUGAGAAUGUGAAGACGACGUACUGCUAAGUAAAGAUUAUCAUACAAGUGACUCAAAUAUCACUGAUAUAACGACUUACUGUACAAUCACAGUGGGUGAUUUUUUUUUUUUUUUUCGUUUUUGGUGAGCCUGAAGUAUAACCACGGUUCAUCAAUGGAACAAGUACUAUGUGAAUACUCAGUAAGCUACCUGACUAACUGAGCUCUGAGCAGUAGAUGAAUGAGUGUGUAAUGAAGAGGCCCGAGCUGGUACACUUUACUCCACUUCCAAAGGUGAAUAAAUGUCAAAACACCUGACAGAAAACAGUCCUCUCCAGACUCCAAGCAGACGUUUAGACAGCUCUGAGAGCCGUCCAAUCAUCAGACUGGUCUGUCAUAUUUCUGGACUCUGUUCCGUUUCACAGAACUCCAGACUUUUUUUUUUUUUUUUUUUAAU